AUUCACUCUAAAUCUUCAUUUUCUUUUUGCCACUUCUCUUAACCAUCUUCUUCUUCUUCAACCCCUAUCUUUGCUCUUCUGAACUACAUACAUCAGCUCAAAGGGAAAAGUGAGCUUUUUGUGUUUGUCGAUUGACAGUAAGUAAUAAAGUUAAGAGUUAAGCGAGAAGCAUGAAGGAGAGUACCGGGAGGAAGCAGGGAGCAGCAUCGCCGUGUGCAGCAUGCAAGCUCCUAAGGAGAAGGUGCGCCCAAGACUGUGUAUUUGCUCCUUAUUUUCCAGCUGAUGAGCCCCAAAAGUUCGCCAAUGUGCACAAGGUGUUCGGUGCUAGCAAUGUCAACAAGAUGCUUCAGGAGUUGCCGGUCCACCAACGAGGCGAUGCGGUUAGCAGCAUUGUAUAUGAGGCGAACGCCAGGAUCCGUGAUCCGGUUUACGGCUGCGUGGGAGCGAUAUCAUCACUGCAGCAGCAGAUAGACACCCUUCAGACCCAGUUGGCACUGGCACAGGCAGAGGUGGUGCACCUCCAGGCAUCCUAUCCGCAUGGGUUCGGCACGACAAGCCCGAGUGAUAGUGGGUCACCCCCAUCAAAGCUCAUGGGCUCACAAGGCAUGCCCAUUUUUGACAUGGAUUUGGUAAUGGACCAGACUAGCCUGGGCGAGCCAAUGUGGUCAUGCUAGCUUAAUCAUGUAUGUCUCCCAGGUUACAUUUUUAUUUAGUCAUUUAUUAGUAGAGAAGUUGGGUGGUGGCUAUGGCGGCGGCUAGGUUUUAAGAGUCUUUGGUCAUUAAUCGUAUAAUGUACACAUAUAAUUAAUUUAAACUUCAUAUAUAAUGGAUUGAAGCUAGCGUAUGAAUUUCUCCAUCUUUG